CCUUCCCUGCUAUCCUACCAGUACUUUGCCUAUCAAACAAGAGAAGCACAUCGCCAUGGCAUCCAGCGAAUUGCACGACGUUGUCUCGACCAAGGCAAAGCUGCCAGAUACACUCAGUAGAUGCUGCCUCGAUGGCAUUAACAUUGCUAUGCUCACCCUUACUUUCCUCGUCUUCGCUAUCCGCUUCAUUCUUCGAGUGAUGGGGAAAAAAGCAGGAGAGGCACAGGAUAUCCUUAGUUACAUCGCAUACGUAUGUUACGUGCUCAUGGUAGUUAUGUAUCUGGAAAACGAUCCUUUGUAUCGUGCUGAGAGUGUUCUGAGAGGGGAAAGACCGGCAUAUCAGGGGCUUCUCAUGUUUCUUCCAUUCCGAAUAACCUGGAACCUUCAUUGCCCAGAAUCCAGAAGACUGCUGUUCGCAACUCUCCGUGUUGUUCAAGUCAGUACAAAUAACGGUAUCCCAAAGAUACCCGAUCCGAAGUGGCUCCAAAUGUGGACAACAAUUGAGACGUCAAUGGCCGUGAUGAUUGGGUGUGGUCCCGCUUUCAAUGCUCUUUGCCGCCAAUCUCGUGCUCAGAACGCACGAAGAUACCCAAUUAGUUUGGAAGAUAUCAAGAAGCCUGAUUUAACGACUAGGUCUAAUGGAGAAACUAGUCAAAUAUGA